AUGGAAUACUUCGUUUUGAUCUUGUGUCUGCACUUCCUCUGGGGCUUGUUCCAAGCUCUCUCUUUCUUUGCCAGAGGAGGCCGAAAAGCUCGGCCCUCCAACCUUUCCCCCAGUCCAUGGCCUCUUCCAAUCAUCGGCAACCUCCUCCAGCUCGGAGAUCUUCCCCACAAGUCCCUUGCCAAGCUCGCUCGCACUUAUGGCACCAUCAUCAAACUGGAACGCGGCCCUGUGACCAGAGUCGUGAUCUCUUCACCGGCGCUCGCCAAAGAAAUCAUCCGAACCCACGAUGCUGUUUUCUCGAAUCGCAUGGUUCCUGAUUCCGUCAUGGCCCAUGGCCAUGACAAACUAAGCAUGCUCUGGGUGCCCAUAUCUCCUCCCUUCAGAUACCUCAGGAAACUAUACAACUCGCAUAUCCUUUCCAACAAGAAACUCGAUUUGAACCAACACCUUCACAGCAAGAAAGUGCAAGAGCUGAUCACGUUUGUCAGAGAAUGCGCCGAGGCAGCUUUCAGGACCAGCUUUCAGGACAUGAUGGAACCUUUCAACCCAGCGAGAAAGCUGAGGGAAGUAGUAUGGCAAAUCGUGGUUGAGGUUGGAAAGCCUAACUUGGCAGACUACUUUCCUGUGCUCAAGAAGAUCGGCCCACAUGGUUCAAAGCAUCGCCUCGAGGCGCAUUUCGAGAAGAUCUUCGACAUCUUUGACAACCUGAUCCAGAGAAAGUUGCAGCUGAGGAUGGAGACCGGUUGGAUCAAAGGUAACGAUGUUUCGGAUAAUCUUCUUGAUUUUGUUGAAGAUAAAAAUGAGACCCUGGACAUGUCCUUAGCCAAGCAUCUAUUGCUGGACGUAUUCGUCGCCAGUAGCAAAACCACUGCAAAAAUGGCUUGUGACAAGAAUUAUGUCGCUGUCAUAGUUUGCUACGGUGGGGAACUUGUGAUUGGGGAGGAUGAGUGGAAGUAUGAGGAUGGAAAUGAGGGCACCAUCUUUGUAAAAAUAUAUGUUGAGUACGAUAGUGCAAGUGAGGACGAAGAUGAUGAUGGAGAAAGUGCCCAAGUAGAACAAACAGGAGAUGGUAUUCAAGUUGAUGAAGUUCCAAAUAAGGCCGAAGACCCUACAGAUGUUGGUGCUGCUGGCGAGGAGACUAAUUAUGAAGAAAGUGUCGAGAAUGUUACUUCCUAG